UUUAAGGCCCUAUUGAAUUUGAAGAAUGUAACACAUCCAGUGUAGCCGAAGGAAUAAAACCACGGAAAAGGAAGCCUUUUGGUUUAUCAGGAAUAAUGAAAAAAGAAAAAGAUACUGAAUCUGUGGAGUGUCCAGAUGCAGACUCAGUUAGUUUGCACCUUGUGGCUUGCAGCGGCCAUCCCCAGCACCAGAGGGACCGAUAACAGAGCAACCAUCCCUCAAGAGAGAUUUUCUGAAUUUGUCAUUCUUUUCAGAGUGGUGAAGGAGUGUUAUCAUCUGAACUUUCCUGAUGUAGACGAUGAAGGAUAUAGCAUUAAACCAGAAGCAACACAGGAUACCAAAGAGAACCACUUCUAUUCAUCCAGUGAGUCUGACUCUGAAGAUGAUGAACCCAGGAGGUUCCAUGUGGAAAUAAAACCUGUCCAACCAAAUAACAGCUCUCAAUACACUAUGCCUUCUUUGGAUGAAUUAAAAGUAUCCAUAGGGAACAUCACUCUUUCUCCAGCAAUAUCUAGGCACAGUCCUGCACAAAUGAAUCAAAAUUCAUCCAGUGAAGAGUUAACAAAAUCAAAACUUUCUGUUUCAACUACUGAAAAGGGGAACAGUGACUUCCUGGCGUGGGAUCCACUCUUCAGCACUUCUCUUGAAUCUUCCUCUUCAGCUUCUUUGGCAUCCUCAUCUUCCUCAGCUACCCUAACAGAGCACAAUAGGAGCUCCUCAUCAUCUACCACUGAUUUGCCUGGGUGUAGAAUAUCUCAGUCUUUGCUUGGACACCAGACAGAUUCUGGGUCUACAAGCCCAUCCUCACCAGGCUUUACCAUUAGCACUUUGUGCAAAUCUGGUGUUACAGCAGCGCCAUCAGGGAGUGCCAGUACUUUAUCCUGUUUUUCACGGUCUCAGAGUCAGUGGAUUUCCUUUGCUGAUGAACUUCUUACAAUUAGACACACAAGCACAGACAAGAAGGAGCCCCAAAGAUUGCAUUUUAAAACUGAAAAUGCCUGCCUUGCCUCUUCUGCUUUGCUUGGGAAUUCUUCCAACAGCUGUGCUUCUGAGGAUCAAAGUGACCUUUUCAAUAACUCUAUAUGCCAUGAACAAUUAUUCAUUGAAGAAACUGGCACUGCUACUGAAAUAUCUUCUGCAUCAUCUUCAGCACUACUGGACUAUAGUUUAGUGUCUUCUUGUGCGCAUACAAAUAAGGCAAGGCCCACCACUCCACUUUCUGUGGGCACCAUUGUACCCCCUCCAAGGCCUGCUUCAAGACCAAAGCUGUCUACUGGGAAACUUAGUGGAAUUAAUGAAAUACCUAGGCCAUUCAGCCCUCCAUUGACCUCUAAUUCAAGUCCACCUCCAGCAGCUCCUUUGGCACGAGCAGAGAGCAUUUCUUCUAUAUCCUCUUCUGCUUCCCUCAGUGCAGCAAACACACCUACAGUUGGUGUUUCACGUGGUCCCAGCCCGGUCAGCCUUGGAAACCAGGACACCUUGCCUGUUGCAGUAGCUCUCACUGAAUCUGUUAACGCCUACUUUAAAGGAGCAGAUCCCACAAAAUGUAUUGUGAAGAUUACUGGUGAUAUGACAAUAUCAUUCCCCAGUGGGAUUAUUAAAGUAUUCACCAGCAACCCAUCUCCUGCUGUGCUCUGCUUCAGGGUGAAAAACACAAGCAAACUAGAGCAGAUUCUUCCAAAUGCACAACUUGUAUACAGUGAUCAGUCACAAAGUGACUCCAGUACUAAAGACUUUUGGAUGAACAUGCAAGCUAUAACUGUCUACCUCAAGAAAUUAUCAGAGCAGAAUCCAUCUGCAUCCUAUUACAACGUGGAUGUUUUAAAGUACCAGGUAUCUUCAAAUGGCAUACAGUCCACUCCCUUGAAUCUUGCAACUUACUGGAAAUGUGAUGCUAGCACUACUGAUGUGAGAGUGGAUUAUAAAUACAAUCCAGAGUCUAUGAAUGUGCCUAGUAUGCUGUCUAAUGUCCAGGUUGUGGUCCCAGUAGAUGGAGGAGUAAUAAACAUGCAGUCACUUCCACCUGCAAAAUGGAAUGCAGACCAGAUGAAAGCAUGUUGGAAAAUAUCUAGCAUUUCAGAGAAGUCUGAGAAUGGAGGUUCUGGAUCCCUCAGGGCAAAAUUUGAGCUUUCAGGAGGACCUAGUAAACCAGCAACACUUGCAGUGCAAUUCAUCAGUGAAGGAAGCACCCUUUCAGGAGCAGAUGUGGAACUCGUAGGCACUGGCUAUCGGCUUUCCCUUCUUAAGAAGAGAUUUGCCACUGGACGGUAUAUGGCAGACUGUUGAUGAACGUGUGAAAGUCAUUGGAUCAGGAGUGCAAGAAACACUUGUGACAAUAGGAACUCUGCCAUCUCUAUUUUUCAAACACUAUUUUAACAUGCAUUAAUUUUAAAAAAUAAUUACUUACUUCUAGGCUAAACUACAGAAAGUAAAUGCACUUUUAAGAGUCAUUUGAAAACUUUUUAUUAUUUUACAAUAGCACUGAAGUUAACUUCAACACUGUCUGUAAAUGAUCAACUGCAAUACUCGAGAAAAUUUGUUGAAAAAUUAGUAACUUUAUAUAGAUGAAGUCAAAAUAAUAAUCCACAGUUGUAAUGGAAGUAUGAAAUUUUACGUUGUACUGUAAACAUUAAACCUAAAAUGUAGGAGAUCUAGUAAGAAAUAUUUGAGCUAUUUUCAUAAGUAAUACUCAUUUUUCAGAUUCUUUAAUUGACAACUUUUAAUUGACAGUUGAUAAAGAUAGCAGAGGCUAUGUCUCGUGUAGUUCUUCUUUCCAUGAAUACAUCAAGAACAGCUGAGUUAGAGAUGUAGAAAAAUAACCUGAUGCCCAUGUACCAUAUAUUAUUAAAAUCUAAGUUGUUUCAUGUAGGGUUUUUUUUUUUAACUAAGUGCAAUGAGUUACAAAUUGCAAAACACAGCAGAGAUUUACUUCUGCAGUUAGUAAAAUUUUUUGGGCCUUGUUAUUGUUUGAGUUAAUGCAGUAGAUUUAAUUUAUUUUUAUAUUAAUUGCAUAACUUUUGUGCCUUUUAAAAAUGUCUGUGCCUAUCCAAUUUGAUACUUACGUGCCUCACUUCCUUUUUCAAAGUUUGGCUUUUCAUCAAGAAAGCAUGGCGUUUGUAUUAUGCACAGAACUUUUUAAAAAUUCUUUUUACUGCAAUUUAUUUAGAAGGCAGGUUUGCAAAAACUGUAGUUUGUUUUGAAAGAAAUUUAAAACACUGAAUUUUUUCCUCAAGGAAUAAUUGCAAUUAAAUGUGGUUUUAGUAAAGGGAGCUGCAUCAUGCAGUACUUGGAAACUUUUUCAUUAACUAAUUUUGAUGUCACCAAAGAGGAGAAUCUGAAAAAUCAGUGAGGAUAGAAAAAACAAACUUCUAAAAGCAAACAGCAUUACUCUUUACUUAGGCUAUAAGUCUUCAGACUUUGAGUGGUUUUGGGGAUGUCUGAUGUGAAUGUACACACAGUACUUCAGGAUACAUUGUAAAUGAUAUUUUAUGGCUGCAGGAUGACAAAUCCUGUCAUGUGUUCAUUUUUUUUAUAGCUACCAAUUUUAAUAUUUGUAUUGUAAUCUAAUCUGCUUGCUACAGCCUAAGCACAGGGAAUUGACACAUCAGUAACAUUUUUUAAAGCAAGUCACUAAUUUAGAAAAUUUUCUAUGUAUUUGUAUUACCAAGCUUUUUUUGUAAUGUUGAAAUGAUAAGCAUUGGGGCAAAAUAACUCAAUAACCUGCAUGUGGCAAUUUCAAAUGAACAUUUAGCAUACCGGUAUCUAUUUCAAAUUCUCUGUUAAAACAGUAAAACAUGCUUGAGUUAAUUCAUGCAAAGCCAGUAAUGAAUUGGACUGCUGAAGCUUUACAAGAAAUUAUUCCUUUGUAGAAGCUGCAUAAAUGUUCAUGUACACUAGACACUUUUGCCGGUGAGAGUUUCAUUGUUAGUACUAAGAACAUAGUGUACUGUAGAUUUGAUUGGAAGAGUAUAUUUGGCUCCUAUAUUUUGCUGAUCUUACUGAUGAUAAAUUUACAACUCAUAAAAUGGUGGUCUUUUUAUUGGAAUUUCAAUUGUAACCUGCUUUACAAUCAAACUGAUUAACACAACAAUAUUUUAUUAAUGAAAACCCAAAUCUAUUACUGCUAUUUUUAAUCAAGUAUUACAUUAAUUUCUAAGACAAAUGAAGUAGUUAAUGUUUCAGCACUUUUAAAUUAGCCUUCAUUCUGGUGUUUUUCAUACAUUUACUUUGGGUGCAGGUUACAAUUUUGAAGCCAUACAAGUUUAUAUAGACAUUUUGUAAAGAAACUCAAAAACAAUGUAAAAAGUAUGUGUAGCUAUCUGAUUUAAAAUAAAAAAAACUUAUGUAGCAAGCUGGUUCUUGCUUAUGUAUACAGCAAUGUCCCUUGAAGCUGCCUCCUAAGAAAAUUAAUUUGUAAGCACAACUCUAAAGGAUCUGAAUUUUUAUGACUUGUUACUACGUUAGACUGUAAAUUAGAACAUACAAGUUUAUCUUUCAAAAAUUGUAAAUACUCUGAAUUUUCAUAAAAUGUAAAUUUUAAAAAUUUGCACCCAUAAUAAACAUGUAAUAUAUAAUUUAAAUACUGAUUUAUAUUGCCUGUACUUUUGCAGUUAAGUUCUUCUAAGCAAUAAGGUAAUAGAGGAAAAACCAUGGCUGCACUGAACAUUUGAAAAGAUUGAUUUUGAAGUGAUAAAGGGUAGAGAUCAUUAUGUACUCUUUUGUAUAUUUAAAAUCAUCACAGAGAAGGUGGAUGGAAAGAUGACUUCUCUAGAACAUUUCAUCUUUACUAAACUGUAAUGUCAGUAGUGCCCUAUACCUUUACUAAAUUGAUUCACUUCACUAAUAAAUUAGAUUAGGCAAAACUGUGGAUAUGUUUAUGAGAAGAAUCUUGACUCGUGGACAUGAGCUGCUGUCUGUAAAUAGUGCUAUCAAAUGCUGUACAUUAUGUCUUUGUUUAUGAGCCUAUAUCUUGUUGUAUGUGCAGGAGAAGAAUUAGUGACAAGAUUGAAGUAAUUCCUUCUGAUUUCUAAUGUUCCACCAGUCAAAAAGAGCAGACAAUUUAGUACUUCUUCAGCAGUCUGUAUGGUUUAGUCCUUCUAAGCUUUGAGCACAGAACAGAAGCUGAAACUGAACAAAUGUUUUUGAAUCUGUUUGUUUCCUACUAAUCCCAAGGCCUGCAGACGCUUAGUAAGUAAUGACUUAAUAAGUUCACUUUCUCAGCUGGAUAUCAGGUUGGAUAUCACUGCAGUAGAGGUACCAUUCUUGUCAUGCAGGAAAGCAAUAGUCCAAGGGCUUGAUUCUUAUCUUCUGCUGGCAGGCAGGAAUGAAGGACACAAAUACUUAGUGGUCAGACUGAGUGGUCCAUCUAACACUGGCCAAAGAACAGGCCAGAGCCUUGGAGAGCUAAUGUGUCAUUUGCUUUCUGAUCCCCCAGCACCUCAUUUAUUGGUUAGAAAUGUAAAAAGGUGCUGCUCAGUUCUUCUAAUAUUCAUUGAACUUAAAGUGUAACAGGUCUGGCUGAGGCUGCUCUGGCACAUCUGUUAACGCUUGACUUGUACCCACAUACUGCUCACAACUGCUGCAAACUGGAUCUCUACUGUCCAAGCAGGCUUGUUAUUAUCUAACUACACAAUCAGUUAGUUUUUAAGGAAAUCUAUCUCUACCACUGCCAAGUAACAUUUAUGCAGGGUAUUUGAAGGAGCUAAGGUAUUUGAUUGUGAACUGGAACAGCAUGAGAGUUACAACUGUGGCGAGUUUUGCUAUCUAACAUGAAAACAAGAUCUUGCAUCAUGGCAAACAGUAUUAUAUUUCAAGUCUUGUAUGUUUGCAAAGCUUAAGAUACACAGAUGUUAAGAUGCCUAUCUUCAGUUUUGCAAUUGCUAUGUAAUUAGUUUCCAUUUCAGUUGUUAUGAAAGGGAAAUUAUACUUAAGAGCAUGCAAGAAAAAAAGUCAGGAAUUCCUCCAAGCAUAGCAUAAGCUAAAAACAGUUCAAAGUACUAAAGCAUCAGAUAACACAUCUACUGUUGAGGUACCACUGAUUGGACUGAUUAAAAAGUUGCUCAACUGAAAACAUAAUUUUUAUCUUUAAUUCUAUAUAUUAUUACACCAGUAAGUAUUCCUGCUCAGCUGACUUUGACCUCCAUGAUUACUGACAUGUUGAUUUUUGGAUUCUCCCUUAGUUCAUUCAAUAACCAAUAUAAGGCAACCAGUCUUAAAAGAAGAGGCCUCUUCUGGAUUACUUAUUGAACAUUUAGAACUCUAAUUCUGCAUUUUCUGUAACUGCUUUUUUUCACUUCCUUUGGAAUCAAUUAAUUUUGGUUUUCAAUCUGGGAUAGCUAUUUUAAUUACUGUAACCUAAAAUAUUUUUGUUUGUCAUUGUCCCUUUAGAUAGAAUAGAGUAGUAUAGAGCAAACACUACACUCACAGGAGAAAGAAUAAGGAAAUUACAGGAAAAAAUUAAUGUGGGCACAAGUGUUCUCUACAGAUUAAGGGAAGAACAGGUAUUUGCCACAACUUUCCCAUAGCAGAGUUGAAAAUUUAAAAAAAUUCAGGAUGAUGGGCCAUUAGAGCUUCUUUAUUGGCAUUUUGCAAGAUACUUGAGAAGACUAUCAAACUUCUCAAAAUAGAAGUAUUGUCUUUAAUACGAUGGGAGAACAUGGAGGAUGUGUUCUGUUCACCUAGCUACGAGCUAGAACUUGUCAGUACUGCACUCACCUAAGUACCAGCCUUUCCUUACAGGAAACAAUAAGUUUCCCAGUAAGAGAAAUAUGGAACCUGUACCCCCAUUCUCCUCAGCUAUGACCUUUCCAGAUUGCUUAAGGUGACUCUUUUUGCCAGCUGCUUCCCAGGGGAUGCCACAACAACACUCAUUGGAAUUCAAGAGGUUUUUGGCAAAUACCAUUUUGUAGUCAUUUCUCCAAGUGAUUCUCCAGCUCAAAACAGUCCUACAGUAACAUGGUUUUGAUAAAGAAAACCAGCUGUUAUCACAGGUUGUAAAAGAAGCUUUCAAAAAAGUGUUACGCUGUUCUUGAAGUGGUAAUUGUUACUUCAGCAUCAGUUUAUAAGCAAAAAAUGUUCUGAGUUUUACCAGGUUAGAGUCCUUCUGGGCCCAGAAGCAUGGACUCAGCUAUACCUUCUGUCUAGGUCAUCAGCAGAGGUGUUUGUAUCAACACGCAGAAGGAGCAGUAGUAUCCAGAAGAUAUGUUCACUAUUUCAAUUACCGACAACAGUCUACUGUUGCCAUUAUUUUUAGUGUGUGGAGCAAAAAUACUUUGUUUGUAUGACAAGCAGCACCAGUGUCCUGCUAUGUCCUCUUCACAGAAGCUGUAAAGUAUUUACAGCAUAUGGUGCCCUAAACAACAGAGUCUUAACAGAAGACAGAUUUUUGCAUCACCCCUGUAAAAGCUAAGUAGUGACUUGCUAUCUCCUGCUACUCCAUUCAGUGAUCUUUUCAGUUGUUUUUUUCUGGAAUUGUAAAAUAUUGUAAAACAAUAAGAAUAUUGCUAAGAUCUUGGUUGGUGUUUGUAAGGAACAAUAUCUUACUCAUCUGUUCAGACAAAGAUUGGUUAUACAAUUGUUUUUAAAUUCUUGUUAAGUCUCUUUUGGACACUUGCCUUUAGUUAAAGGACCUUCUGUUCUCUUCAAUAUUUAAAAGUGUUCCAUACUUGUUCUGUAUCUCCAUUAAAGUUUAGGAAGCCCUUCUUUGCCUCUCUCUCAGCAAGGUCAGUUUUAAUGGUUAUUGCUGCCAUGUGAAUUGUAUGUUCACAACAGAUACACAAUCAGAUCUAACCAGAUGUUUACAUGUAAUGAUUCAAAAGAGUAUUAGAUCACAUCAGGUAUAUCUUUCAUUGGUCUCCAUAUGUGUAACUGGCGCUACAGAGAAUAGUGUUAGCAUAUACUCCACUGUCAUCUCUAUAACCCAACUAUGGUAGUAGUAGCAAUCUUAUCAAGGUGAGGAACAUGUUAAAAAUAGUGUGGGAUUAUUUCUGUGGUGAAGAAACUGAUGUAAGCCUCAGGAAAUAAGGCACACUACAUCAGACCUCCUUGCUAUAGUCAGUAUUUACUUUUAAAUCAGAAAAACACACAGCUGCUGGUAAGGAUCAUAUUGGAGCAAUUUAGAGCCUGCUUACACCUUGAUUUACAGAGAUACUGUUAGCUUUCAAGUGGUCUUCUGUCAUCCAUGUCUAAUCUUGGAGUACUCCUUUGGAACACUUGCCUGGGUUAAGAAAUUCAGUGCUCUUGUACAACAAGCUGUUUUCUUCUAGGAAGGUCCUAGACUGCAGAAGCUGCCGAACUUGCUGUCAGCAGGUUAUGGGUAAUUCAUUUGUAAUGCCAGAAUGAGCUCAAAAGGGGGGGUGGGAGCAUAGCAGUUGUGGAAAGAAAUAAACAUAAAUAAAACUCUCUCUGAUGCAGUUGACCAAGAAACAUAAAUAACACUUCAUCUUAAGUUGCCUACAUGAACUGCACAACCAAACAUUAAUGACAACCAAGUCAGAAUUACUUGAUUGCAUUUGUUGUUAGCAAUCAGGUUCAAGUAGUAUGGCCAGGUGCUACUACAAAUGGUCAACUUUUAUAUUUUUGAAUGUGCUCAUAACACAAUAAUCCUUUGAUUGAGAUGCCUGCCGUAAUUGAACACAACCCAACUGUUUCCACUACAGCUUCAUGACGAGGCAAUUUCCUCAGUGGUUCAAUAUGGUCAAAAGGCAUGGGGCAAGCUGUCCAUCCUCACCCAACACCCCUUGUAUGAGCUCUGUUCCACCUCUGUACAUAUUUGCUUGUGAUUCAACUUACCAACCAAACAUAAGUCAAAGCCAGAAAACAAUAAAAUUCUGUUCUAAGUUAAGCCAACUGAACCAUCUUGCAGGAGAAUCUGGCAAAUAGGGAUUCCUGACCUAGGAAUAGAGAUGGAAUAGGGAAUGAGAUCUCUCAAUAUAGACAACAACACAUCACUAGCCCAGGCCUACUAAAUCACAGUUAGAGACGGGAACUAAAAGCAGCUGGCUCCAAUGACAUAAGGGAAGACUUCUCUUAAUAGUGGCUUUAAAUCCUGAAAUUAUAAACUAUACAAGAUUGAUAAGAAAAGCAAAUUAAACAUAGGCGUAGGAAAGUCCAUGGAGAUAGUUUGGUUGAGGGUGAAAAAUAGGCGUUUGCUCCAAAAAACAACAAAAAUGUUUCACUUCCACUGUGUUAUGGGAUCCAUACUAGCUGGAAAUGCCAGAAUUGGUAAAAAAAAAAAAAA